AUGCCGUCCACGGGCAAGAAGAGGAAGGCGGAUGAGGACGUCGAAAAGUUCUACGCCGUCCGCGCCGGCAAGGUUCCAGGUGUCUACAAGACCUGGGCUGAAUGCCAGGAGCAGAUCUCGGGCUUCAAGGGCGCUCAGUUCAAGAAGUUCGAAACCCAGCAGGACGCGGAGGACUUUGCCGCGGGCAAGGAACCGAAGCCGAAUCCCGCCGAUCCCAAGAAACCCCAGAAGUUCUACGCCGUGGCGAUAGGCACCAAACCCGGCAUUUACACGGACUGGACCGAGGCGCAGAAAGCGUACCAGGGUACCAAGGGCCCGAAAUAUCAAAGCUUCAAGACCCGUGAGGAUGCCAUCGAGUUCAUGAGAGCCCACGGUGGUGAGGCUGCCCGCAAGGCGAUCGAGGCCGAGGUGCCUGUGCGCCCGACAAAGAAAAGUAAGACCAUCGAGGACGGCGUGCUGCACAUCUACACCGACGGAAGUAGUCUGAGCAACGGCCGGGCCGGUGCGGUUGCUGGAGUAGGAGUCUACUUUGGACCCCAUGACCCGAGGAACGUUUCGGAACGCCUCCAGGGGGAGCUACAGACGAACCAGCGGGCCGAGCUGACCGCCUUCCUACGCGCCAUGAACCAGGUGUCGGUCGACCAACACAUCCGCAUCUUCACCGACAGCAAGUACUCGAUAGACUGCGUCACCAACUGGUACAGAGGCUGGCAGAAGAAUGACUGGAUGACCAGCCAAGGCGAAAGCGUCAAGAACAAGGACCUCGUACAGGCCAUCAGGUCCAAGAUUGAGGACCGGGAACUCGCUGGCUCGAAAACCAUGUUUGACUGGGUCAAGGGCCACUCCGUCACUGCUGGAAAUGUUGAAGCCGAUAAGCUCGCUGUUGCAGGAGCCAAGUCUGCAAAGGGCCGAUGA